AUGCUUGGUGCGGCAAGUCCAAUUGCCUUUCUUCGUACAAAUAUGCAAGGUUGUCCACAUCUUCCUGCGAUAGGCUUCGAUCUCAAAUCAUCUCUUGAGUCAGUCAACUUAUGUGUAAAGAUUCCGAACUUUAUCACUGCUAAUUAUCAAGAAAACGGUGAAAAUUUCACGAAAGAAUGCGAUCAAAUCAAUCAACUUCGACAAAGUGCUAUUAAUUGCUCAGUAGAUGAAACGGGGAUUCAAUGGCUUAAACGAUACUAUUGUCAAUUACAAUUGUUACGCAAUCGUUUUCCAAUGUAUUCUGAUGGCGAAUGUUCAGUUCGGUUUACUUGGGAGGAUGGAUUCCAGCGAGAAGAAAAUACCUACAACGACAUUCGAUAUGAAGAAGCGUGUAUUCUAUAUAAUAUCGGAGUAAUCUAUUCGAAAUUAGGAGCUCAUGAAUCGAGGAAAACACAUGAAAGCAUGAAGAAUGCUUGUACUUAUUUUCGAUAUUCGGCAGCAUGCUUUGAAAAAGUACGAGAUCAAUACACACCAUAUUCGUUAGAUUUCACUUCAGAAUUAUUAACUUGUCAAGUGGAGAUUCUUUUGGCGCAAGCACAUGAAGCAGUUCUAGAGAAAUCAGUACUCGAUCAACGCCCACCUUCGGUGAAUGCUCAUAUUGCCAAGCAAAUCUCGGAGUAUUAUCAAAUGGCAUUAAGUAAUCUUGAGAAGCCUGAAGUGAAUUCAAUCAUAUCGAAACAAUAUCGAGAAUGGCGAACUGCAUUAACAUAUAAACUAUCGUAUUAUCUUGCUGUAACAUAUUACUGUUGUGGUAUGAUCGCGGAGGAAAGCAAAAAACGUGGCGAAGCUGUCUGUUAUUUCGAGAACGCGGUUGAACGAUUGAAAGAUGGUUGGAAAAAUGCCGAAAAAGUUUCCAGCGAUAAAACAUCUGUGUACAAAGAUGCACACGCUUUUACUAUUGAUGUCAUCACAGCAAAAUACAAAUCAAUGAAACGUGAUAAUGACAAUGUAUAUUUCGAAAAAGUUCCGACUUUAUCGAGUUUGCCUGUUGUACGAGGUGCAGUUGUAGCCAAAUCGCAGGCUUUCGAUUGCCAAAAUUCCGAUGUGUGUGGGACAGAUAUUUUCCAAAAAUUAGUACCACUGGAUAUUCAUCUAGCUGCAUCGGAAUAUAGUGAAGAAAAGGCGAAAGUUCUGCGUGAAAUUGUCGAUUUGACCGAUGCAAAAUCUCGCGAACUCGAAUCAUUUAUAAAUUGUUUACAAUUGGAUCGUCUUCUCUUGAACAACGAUUAUCUUCGUUUGCCACGUGAUUUACUAGAUUGCUCUGCUGGAGUUAUUAAUCAACCAAACAUGACACGAGAUCUGAUUUCUGUUAUGCAGCAGAUUAAUAGUCAACAUCAUGAUGUUAGUGCUCAAUUGACUGAACUUGAACAAUCAAUUGAAGCGAUAGAAAAAGUUAAUGUAUUUAUCAAAACAAACAAAGACCAUAAGGAUUUACAAACGAAUCUGAAGAAUAUUCGUGAGAUGAUGUCCCAAGCGAAUGAUAGUAAUAUCGAAUUACAUCGACAUAUGACGUCAAUAAUCGAUCAUUUGAAAAUUCUCGGCUCAACACCUGAUCAACUCGAAAAAUCUCUGCCGAUGAUGAUGGAGUUGAAUGACGAGAAUAACAAAUCAAAAUUGGCACGUUUGAGUCUACUGAAUGAAAAAGUGGAAACAAUGAAGAAACAACGCGAAACAUUAGUACAAGACCUACGUAAAAAGAUCGAAGCUGAUGACAUUACAAAACUUGUUCUCAUGCGACGACAGGAAAAUCAUAAAAGUCUAUUUUCUGAUCAACUGAAAAAACACGAAGAAUUAAUAAAUAUUAUCAAACAAAAUUGUACUGCCCAAGACAAAAUUCUUCAAUCGCUAUCAGACGCAAAUGCAGAUAUAGCCGAUCUGCGAGCAAAAAUGAUAAUGAUCUCUGAAAGUCGUCAACAAUUAAUUCAAGCGUAUAUUAAUUCUUAUAAAUCAUUUAAUGAUACAUUAUCCAAAGCAAACGAAGGGAUUGAAUUCUAUAAGAAACAAACAAUAAAAUUAACAUCAUUGAAUGAACGUCUUAUCAGUCUCAAAUCACAGCAAGAAUUACCGGUUGAAUAUGAUCGAAUAUAUCAGGAGAAGAAUGUAUCACUAGUUUCUGAUCGGCCACGACUAAAAGAUUAUUUACCAACAAUGAAACCCGAUUCUUGGGGUUCGACAGCGAAUCGAUCAGCUUCGAAAAUUGACGAGAAUACCUACAUCCCAUCGCCCAUGUCCCAUCGAAGUACUAACAAUAACUUUUAUUCGAAUGUGAUUCCACCGACUAACUCGUUCUUUUCAAAUAUAUCAGCACAAACAUACACAUCUCUGCCGAAUUGUAACUCACACGAAUUACAAUCACCAACUCAUUCUGAUUUAACAUCGAUACAGUACGCGCCACUACCACCAACAUUGACAUCUUCAGUAUGUCAACAUUCCAUGCCAUAUCAUCGACCACAAUUUCAUCAUUCGUAUUCAUAUGAUCAAAAUUUUUAUGGUCAACUUCCAUCGAUGUACAAUACUUCUAUUUCUCAGCAACAAUAUCAUCCAAAUACAACAUUUCAAACUCAACAAACAGUAUAUUCGUCACAACCGACAUCUGUACAGCAUCAACUAUCUUAUCCACCACCGGCACAAACCACUCCAAUACGUCAAUCAGGUUUAUCGCAGCCGCCCGUCUAUCAGUGCCAAAACAUCAGUGAUUCGAAUCGUUCUGCUCAACAGUCUGUACCAAUGUUACCUUCAAAAUUCGAUCCGUACCGUCCACAACCAGUCGGUGCAUACGAUAUUCCAUCGCACGCAAUGAAUCUUCAAGAUGUAUAUCGUCCAGGUGGUUUUCUAGGUAUGAAUCAGACACAAGUACCACCAUCAAUGUACAACAAUAAUAGUUAUGGCCAAAAUCAAUUUGUGCAAUAUAUUCCUCCUCCUCCCCCUCCUUCUUCCUCGACUGCGCCAAUUUCUUCAACCUUUUCUAAUUUAUCAAUAAACUAA